AUGUCGACUCAAGGUGCGAACGUUGGUAUUGAUACUGAGUUCCAGCCUGUUGCACGAUCCCUACUGACCUUAUGUUGGUAUAGGUUUAGCCUUCGCGUUGUAACCGGACACGCAUGGUAUAUCACAAUCGAUAUAUUGACAUCUGUUCUAAGGCUGCGCCACCGAUCGAGCUGCGAGCUGUGGCGUGCGAUGCGCAACCGCAACGCCCUUGCGCCUCCCACGCCACAGGAACAGGACUCGGACCCUGCCGCUGAGCGCGCUGGGCGCGAAUACUACGGAUUAACCGUGAGACGUAGUGGCUGUAACGAGCAGCCUGUGAAUGGGUGCCAGUGGGAGAGUGAGGCCAGUUCACAGGCAGAGCCUCGCCUCAAUAGUCACAACAGCGCUAAGGGGAAGGGGGAUCGAGGGUCCCAGACUUACCAGCAGAAACCUAACAUCAUUGGAGAGAAAUACAGCACUAGGAAGCACGUCCCUGUCACAAAAGCCAACGCAGCCGAGCAAGAGGUAGAGAGUGAUCUGAUCGACACCGAACAAUCAGCUGCUACCAAGGACGAGUACGAGUACCCAGAGGUGGUUCGCAAGGCCUUCGGAGACCGGUACCUCGACCUCCCACACGUCACUGGCGAAGUCAAGGUCACCGGUUUCACUGCGCAGGACUGGAAGAAUUUGCAGGGGUGGAUCGAGGCGCACGACGACCUCAAUAAAUUUGAGUUCGAGUAUGAUCAGGAGAAGCAGGAAUUGACUACGAUGACAGCCAGUUACCUGCACGAUCUUCUCGGCACGAUGCAAAGGCGUCACAUCAACAUGAGAUGGUACACCUUCUUCCUUCACCAGAGUGGGUACAACUCGCGCUCAAUAUCUCGAAUGACCCUGCGGACUACGCGUCCAUACGAGGAAAGGUGGCUCGAAGAAGAUUGCCGAUCUGGUCGAGGCUAUCGCAUUGGGCGUGACCUACUCAUCACUUCGCUGAACGAGACCGCACAGUCGCAAUCCCUGUAUAAUGAAUACAAUACGGAUGGGAAGCUAUCGAAGGUCAAUAUACCUAAGCUCCUGGAAAUGGCGGAACGACUCGUUGGUGAAGACGUGGACGACGCGGAGCUCGUCGCCUUAACGUGCUUCAACAUCGAGGAGCUAAUACCUAACGGCACCGAUAAGACAAAAUGGUCGGCGCCUCCAGAAAGAGUUAUACUGCCAGUGCCCUCGCCUUUCAAGCAGCCAUGUUUGAUUCGUGGUGCGGGUCCUCUGGUGGCCGAACACAGCGCCGUGUUCUUCGGCGCUGCGCGCGUAUUCUGGAUCUACAUACCGAUAUCUGCACUCAACACGCUCAGGAAGGCGGUUAAGGAAAGAUGGUCCAUGGAAAAAUGGAUCGCUAGUGGCUUCGCUAUC